AUAGAAUCUAAAAUAUCUUGCAGAAUUCAGAAGAAUCUAAUAGUUCGUCUUUAAUGCAAUUUGAAGUUUGUUUAUAUAUUAAAUAUAAAAUAAAUUAUAAUUAAGGAAAAAUAUUUUAGAAUAAUAUACUUACUAUAAUAACUUUAAUAGUUCUAAAGUAAAAACAUGUUUGUUAUAGUUUAAAACAAAAAUAUUCUAUUGGCGUUAAAAUUUUGUGAAAAACAACAAUGUUUCGAAAUCGAGUUUUAACAAGAAUAUUGUGGCGACAUGGAGCAUUUAAUAAAAUCGAUUAUGCAAGACCUAGUGCAAUCCGUUUGUGUACGAAUUCAAUAAACAUGAGAGACCAAGGCACCGUAGCUCUCAAAGAAAGUUAUGUUAAGAAAUUUAUGAAUGCUGUAGGAUGGAUGGAUCAAGAGAGAACACGUUUAAAGUUAACGGGUUACUUUCUGUAUGAAUCUGUACCGGUCAAAGUUGCAUACAAUGAAUGGUUUGAGAUUCUAGAACUCCCAGACACAUUUGCAUCUUGGUUUAUAAUAACUGAACUUCAUGUGUGGUUAUUACUUGUACGCUAUAUGGCUGAAGAUGUAACUUCAUUGAGUGGUCAAAAAAAAAAAUAUGUCAAAGGAGAUGGACAUUUUGUAAGGAAUUGUAUUAUAGAAGCCCUAUGGGCUGAUGUUGCAAAUAGAAUCAAGUUAUUGGAGGGAGCAAAUCCAACAAUAGCAAAAAAGCAAGUAACAGAACUAUCUGAACAGUUCCAAGCUGCAUUAGUUGGGUAUGAUGAAGGGCUUGGUGAGGACAAAAUAUUGGCUGCAGCUGUUUGGAGGAGGUUUUAUUCCCUGUCCGAAGAUACAAAAGCAGAGAACAUUGUCAAAAUUGUUCACUUCAUAAGACAUCAGUUGUCCGAAUUAGAUAAAAUUCCUAGUGAAAAUUUGAGAUGGAAACCCGAAGUCAACUGGUUGAGUAUAAUUAAACAUUGAAAUUAAAAUAGGUUGUUAAAAAAGUUGUUGAAGUUUGUUAUAAAGUAAGUUUAUAAAGUAAGCUA